CAAUUUACGUCUCGUCUUCUCCAACACCUCUCCUCCUCACGUGCAGUCCCCGCAGCACCCCCGAUUGAAUUCAACGCAACCUGGCGACAUGACUUUGUUUGAUGAGCUUGCCGAGAAGAUUGGGGAUGAUCAGUGGGAAGAGUGGAAAAAACGGGUCCUCGAUGCAAAGGAAGAGGUUGCGGCCUUUGUCGCCAGUCGCCGGCCAGGACGUGGAGCCGAAGUCCUCGAUUGGUUCCAGGGCUCUUUCAACUUCUGCCUCCAGAUUAUGUACAACGACGGAACCCCAGAUGCCAUAAUUCGGUUCCCAGGCCCGGGACAUACGACGUUCCGGGACGAGAAGAUCGUGAACGAGGUCCAGGUCAUUCAAUUCCUCCAAGAGAAUACCACCAUCCCAGUUCCGCGCUUAAUUAGCUGGGGACUGACCGAAGACAGCCCACAGCAUUUUGGACCGUUCAUCAUCUCAGAUUUCGUGGAAGGGGUUCACCUCUCUGAUAUCCUCAGGGAUCCAGCUGAUAAGAAGCGACUCUACUUGAAUCCUCAGAUUGAUGGAGAAAUAUUAGAUAAUGUGUUCUCUCAAAUUGCUGAUAUCACGCUUCAACUCUACAAAUUCAAUUUCGACCACAUCGGAGCUAUUUCAAAGGCCUCUUCUACGGGCUCUUGGUCUGUAACGAAGAGACCCCUGACCUACAGCAUGAAUGAGCUGGCAACUACGGCAUUCUAUCCCGUGGAUAAGUUCCCUACGGCACCGUUUGCAUCUGCAGGCGAAUAUUUCCGGUCUCUCGUGUCUGAACAGAAAACGCAUCUCUGGACCCAGCGUAACCUCUGUGGUAGUCCGGUGGAGGCUCAUGAUCGAUAUAUCUCCCGCCAUUUAUUUGCGCAGUUAGUGGACAGGCAUUGCAUUAAUGACCGCGGUCCUUUUAAAAUCUUCUGUGACGACUUCCGACCUCAAAACAUUCUUGUAGAUCCAACUACUCUCCGUAUCAAGGCUGUUCUUGAUCUUGAAUUCACGAACGCUAUGCCUAGCCAGUACGCUUCCGAACCGCCCUGGUGGUUGCUACUGGUGGGGCCUGACUCCUAUCUUCUUCGAAAUCGGACUAUCAAAGAAUUUGUGGAGGCUUACGAACCUCGCUUGGAGCAAUUUUUGCAAGCGAUGGAACGAGCUGAGAAGGCAAGAGAGGGCUUAGAUGGUGAAAAGCCUCUUUCUUGUCUUAUGCGUGAGUCGUGGGCCACAAAACGGUUCUGGUUCAAUUAUGCGGCUCGGAAACCGUUUGAUGUUGAAAUUCUCUUUGAUAGUUGCAUGAAGGAGGGUAGUGCCGGUGUUGAGUCGCUGGAUGAAGAAGCACGUGCGGGCUUGGAGCCCUUUGUUGAGAUGAAGAUGAAGCAGUUGAAGGCAUAUGACAAUGAAUGCGCGAAAUCUCUUUAGUACGCUUACCAUCCUAUC